CAAAGCUGUCAAUAUAAAGUUCAAUGAACUGCGAAUCGUUGCUCUUGAAAUCUUGAAAUACUGGGAUAAUAACGUAUAAUGCUAUUUGAAUUUCUUAAAUAUUGUUGAUAUCACGUAAAUUAUGGAGGAAAGUUUUGGUGAUUUAGCUUUAGUACCCGAAGACGCUCGUGCUGCUACGAAACAUAUAUUGACCUUGAUACUGGACAAAAUUCAUCCUCUAACAUUGCGUUUACGUCAUAAACUAUCGUUAUUUGAGGAUACUGACGGGGAUAUAUCAAAAGUUCGUGAAGUCUACACAUUAUGUUCAAGUCAGAUAAAUAAAUGUUUGAUCAGUUUAUUUGACGUCUUCAAAGUGGAAUUUCGCCAUCAAACGCUGUUGCAGGAAAGCCGUCAGUAUGCAGUUGAAAGAUUAUCAUGGUGCAUCAACAAGUUAACGUCCAUAGAGAAUUACCUAGAGAAGUCAUCAUUCUCUUCUCAGACCAGUGACAGCACAAAUGACUCCUUCAACAUUACUACUAUGUAUUUUGUCAACUGGAUUGACCAUACAUUUGAGGUUCUUGGCAAACUUGGCGAUGCUAUCUAUAAGACAGAUUAUAAAGAGUCGGAAGAACUUUAUGAUCAGUGGAAGGACCAGAUGGUUGAAUGUGUGAGUGAGUUGCAUGUGUCAAUUGAUGAACUCCUAUUGUCAGCAAUGACACUGUGUCGGUACUGCUUAGCUGAUGAUCAACAUAUUGUGAAGGCACGCUGCCAAGUGGUCCUCAGAGAAACAAAAGCAUUGCUCAGUGAAUUAAUAGAGGGGGACCUCAGCUCAGCCGUAAAAGCAUCUCCAGAAACUCUAAAACUGCCAAUAAUGCCAUCAAAUGUCAAUGUCCUGAUUGAUGUGCUGAAAGAUGUCCUAUAUGCAUUAGAGACUAAUACAAAUACAGCUUUGUUAGCCUUGGUUGCACACUGUUUUACCUACAACAAGUCCCCGGUUGAUAUACUUAAAGAUCAUUUCUACAAUGAUGCUAGAGGAACUUGCACAUGCUUGGUAAAGAGUGAGAGUGAAAUAACAGUAAAUUGUGCCUUCGUAAAGGAUUUUGAUAUGUACAAUGAGAGGUUGCUGCAAAUUGGAAACUUUGCAGUUUCUUGCUCUUCUGAUCAAAAUAGGAUCUUGUCACUGCGUAGUGGCUUGGCCAGUUUAGAAGCCCUGGAUCCACAUUUGGUACCAGCUUUAAUGAUGUCGCCAGAGAGCCACCAUGCAACACUGCUGAUCAACUCCUGGAUGCAUGAAGUUCAGGAAAUUCGAGACAAUGUGUUCUUGAUUGUUGAUCCGAGUGCAUUUGCCGAGAAAUCAAAACAAAUGAUGCAUCAGAGAUUGUUAGUGAUAUUGAAAGACAAUUCUUACAACAAUGGGGAUGUGUGUGCAGUUAUCAAUAUGGGAUGCAUGGUUUAUGAUUUUUUCCAUGUUUAUGACAAAUGUGAGCCAGACGCUCUUGGACACCAUGACAAACUAUUGUUAUUGUUGGCUGACUUAGAUAAAGUUCAAAAAGAAUGUAAAAUUGUAAGCAACUUGCUAAGCUCAGACAUCGAUUUUGUGUAUGAUGUAAAAAUGCCCUAUAAGAACAAGGAAGUAUCUUUAGAUCAACUUAUAAAACGUCUGAAGCUUUUAUACACACUGGUGAAUAGAAUCCAUGGUUUGCACCACCCUAAGGAUAAUGAUGACCAGUGGCUGGAGUGUGAAGGUGAAGAGGAACCGCAAAUGGUUUACAAGAACGCAACACAUACAAUUGUAAAGAAUUGUGAUACGUACGUUCAUUCGCCUCGGAAGCGUGUCAACAAUAUGUCUAGAAGCGUAUUCGGAAGGACCAAUGUACGCUCUUCAACACGGAACUUUCCUUUAUCACAAUUGACGAAGCGACUGAGGGGCAAAACAGGCAACGAGCUUAGUUUCUCCGUCCAAUUGGACCGAUUAUUCAGUGCUGAUGGUGAUGACAAAGACGUAUAUAACGAAAACGCUUUUGUAAAUAAGCCACUGGACAAAGUAAGAGAUGCAUCAUUCUCAGUGCUUUACAACUUUUCGCCGAUUAGAAAUCGCCCGUCGCUGCGGAAGGCGGUUUUGAAUAGACAAUAUAAGAUACCUGUCUAUAGAGAUAUUGAAGUCUAUGGCGAUAUCAAUAAGACUUAUGAUAAAGAAGACCUUUUCGAUGAAACUACAAGUUUACAAAUCACAGACAUUUUGAAUCAAAUGAACGAUAUGCUAUCUCAUUCGAUGCCGUAUCAACCUGAAUCGACGAACAACGUUGUAGCCAGUGGAAAUAAAACUAUGAACUACUACGAACCAAAAAAUGUGCUAAGGAUCGACGUAAACAACCAGAACGCUACAAUGACUAAGCACGUUUGGAAUAUUCCCGUGAAUUCCAGCAUUGUAGACAUGCCUUUAGUAGAAGAUAGUGCUACAAACAUGACUCAUCAUGAGCCAUCCAUUGUAGAUACUUUGGAAAGACUCCAGGACCUAAACUAUGUAGUAAGCAAACUGAACAAUUUGAAGUCACAGUUGGAAACUAGUUUCUAGUUAGUGUUUAAAUGCUGUUUCUAAUGACGUCUAUAAUAUUAUAAGAUUAUCCGUCCAAUAUUAUUAAGUAAUUUUUUUGUAACGAUAUUAUAUCCAGUGUUAGAUCUAACGGAUUGUAUCAAGAUUAUAUAAAUAAAGGUUU